CCUGCCCCCUCUGUCCGCCAUCGCAUCGCAUCGCUGUGGUCAGUUUACCACAAACAAGCAAGUUAUACACGUGUGUUUCGAACUUGAUCAAAUAUGGGUGUGAAAAUAGGAAAGAAAAGGAAGCACUUUGUUCAAAAUGACUCAUCCGAUGAAGAAGAUCAAGUUGAGUUACCCCCAACAACCAGAUCCUCUGACGAACCACCUCCUAAGAAGUCAAAAUGGAUCAACAAACAGCGAGUACUUGUUUUUGCUGCCAGAGGAAUAAACCACAGAGACAGACACCUUAUGGCUGACCUACGAACGUUAUUGCCUCAUUGCCGCAGUGAGAACAAAAUAGAAAGAAGAGAAAAUCUAUUUGUUGUGAACGAGGUGUGUGAAAUGCGGAACUGCAACAAAGCAAUUUUGUUAGAAGGACGUCUUCACCGAGACCUCUACAUGUGGCUGGCAAAUGCAUCUAAUGGACCUUCAGCUAAAUUUUUGGUUGAGAAUGUGUAUACCAUGGCAGAACUUAAAUUAACAGGCAACUGUUUAAAAGGAAGCAGACCACUACUAUCAUUUGACAAGAGCUUUGAUGAGGAACCUCACUACCUUCUGUUAAAAGAACUUUUAACUCAGAUCUUUGGCACACCAAAUGGCCAUCCUAAGAGUCAGCCUUUUGUUGAUCAUGUUCUCACUUUUUCAAUCCUUGACAAUCGUAUCUGGUUUCGUAACUAUCAGAUUUUGGCUGAAGAUGGUGCUCUUGCUGAAAUUGGUCCGAGAUUUGUUUUAAAUCCUAUCAAAAUAUUUGAUGGUAGCUUUGGUGGGGCCACUCUGUGGGAAAAUCCUCACUAUGUAUCCCCGGCAAUGCACCGAAGGCUCAUGAACAAAAGUGCAGCCUCCAAAUAUCUUGGUAGAGUCACUAAGAAGGCCUACCAUGAACUCAACAAGCCAGGCAAAACUUAUGGUAUCAAUGAUGAUGAUGAUAUAUUUGUGGGUGAUGCCUUUGAGAAGGCAAAAGAAAUUCUUGUCAAAGAAAAAGAACAAGAAGAAAAAGUGGCUGAAGUGGCUGAGAAAACCAACAAACCCAUUAAGAAAAAAAAGUCAAUUCCGAAAGGAAAGCCAAAAGCCAAGAAGUCGGAUGUAGAGGUAUCUCCGAAGUCUCCAAAAACACCAAAGUCUCCCAAGUCUAAUGGUAUUUCUCCUAAGGGAAAGAAAGGAGCAACAGACAAGUCUACAUUAAGUAAUUCUAAAAAGGCUAAAGAUAGGAAAACUGAUGAUGCAAAAACAGUAAGUAAGGUCAAAAAAGGUAAAGUCAAGGUGAAGAAAGCAAAGAAACAAGUUCAGAAUGAAUGACAUAUCAAAGUGUUUGUCAGCAAGAUCUUUGGAAAGAGUGCUUGUUGCUAUUGAUGCAUAUUGUGAAUGAAGUUGUGAGAUAAAUGUGAUAUUGCUACAUGA